AUGUCAAGAACAUCAACCCCCACAUCAAACACCGAAAUAAAGUUCUGCAGUAAUGAUGGAAUCUGGGAAAAUGGCAGAUGCAUUUGUCCAGAAAAGUGGAAAGGAAUAAGAUGUACAAUCCGUAAUUUCUGUAAUGGAAGUACCAAUGACAAUUUUACUUUUGAAGAAAUUGUAGCAGGAAAAUACGGUCCUUCCACACAAAAAUGUGGUGAGAACACAUUAAAUGCGGGCCGUCCAAAAGCUACCCGGCUGUGCAGUAUUUCUAUAUAUGGAGAGAUAGUAUUAGAAAAUGUGACAUUAAUAAAUUGCAAUGAAAAUCUGGAAGACCUGGAAAAGAAGGUAUCCAAUAGUACAAUAUGGACACAAUAUGGGCCCAUUUCUAAACAAACUCAGUUGUUAACAGUUGAUGCCAAUACCUUAACUGCUGAGAACAUCACUUCUGCUGCUACAGUGGUUGGACAGAUCUUCAACAGAAAUGCUACUCUUGAGGCAAAACAAGAAGCUGUAACAACAGUGAGUCAACUUCUACAAGCUCCUACAGAUGUCUUUGAAAAUGGUGCAGUUAAUGAUGAUGCUCUUGCAACGCUUAUUAAGGAAAUGGAGAAGUAUUCCACUAAUACGUCUUUGGGUGACAAGCCAGUGGUGCAACCUAAUGUAGCAGUACAGUUUGUUAACCUGUCUUCAGGAAACACUGUUCUCUUCUCUGUGAAGAAAGGAGCUAGUGAUUCUCUCCAUCAUGGUUCCACAACUGUGGACACAAAAGUGAACCAAUUGAAUGCAGACACAGACACUGAACUUCAAAUUUUGCUCAAUACCUCAAACAGGAACGCAAUGGCAUGUGGCUUUGUAGUGUACCAAAACAGCAAGUUUUUCAAAUCAAAAGUUUUUAAAACUGAAUCAGAUUUUAGUCAAAAAGUUAUCUCAAGCAGGACUGAUAUAGAAGGAGAUAAGAAUACUUCUGUUGAUUUUGUCUUUAAUCCAACGUAUGACCACAAAAAAUUGAAAAUUCAUUCCUAUGCCUGUGUCUAUUGGAAUUUUACCAAAAACGAUUGGGACACAAAAGGCUGCAUCAAAAAGGACGGCGCUAAUGGAUUCUACUGUCAAUGCAACCAUACCACCAAUUUCGGUGUAUUAAUGAGUUUCAAAAAGAACUAUAAAUAUCCUGAAUCACUAGACAAAUUAUCCACCGCUGGAUGUGCACUGUCCAUUACUGGUUUGUUCCUUACAAUUGUAUUUCAGAUUGUCACCAGGAACGUCAGAAAAACCUCAGUAACCUGGGUGAUUGUCUGCCUGUGCACAUCAAUGUUGAUUUUUAACCUUCUCUUUGUGUUUGGAAUCGAAAACUCCAAUAAGAAAAUGAACAAUAAUACUGACACCAACGAGACGGGCUCUGCUAAAAAUGAAAUACCCGAAACUCCUUUCGUCUCCAAUCCCACCUGCACGGUGGUGGCUGCCUUGCUCCACUAUUUCCUGUUAGUGACAUUUACCUGGACCGGAAUCAGUGCUGCCCAGCUCUAUUUCCUGCUAAUUAGGACCAUGAAGCCUCUUCCUCAACAUUUCGUUCUGUUCAUCUCUAUAAUUGGAUGGGGAGUCCCAGCUGUAGUGGUGGUUCUGACAAUAGGACUUAUUUUUUCUCAGAAUAAGAGUGAUUCACAAUGGGAGUUAAACUACCGGCAAGAAGAAAUCUGUUGGCUGGCAACUUCAGUAAACAAUAAUAUUGUAACUAGUCCAUUUUUGUGGGCAUUUGUUUUACCUGUAACUCUUAUCCUCAUCCACAAUGUUGUUGUAUUUAUUAUCAUCAUAGUCAAAGUGAUAUGGAAGAAAAAUCACAAUCUGACAAGCACAAAAAAAGUUUCAACCCUAAAGAAGAUUCUUAGUAUGUUAUCAAUUGCAGUUGUUUUUGGAAUUACCUGGAUUCUGGCAUACUGUAUGCUAAUUAAUAAUGAGUACGUCAUGAUUAUCUUCAGCUACCUAUUCUGCAUUUUCAACACUACUCAGGGAUUGCAAAUUUUUAUCCUCUACACUGUCAGAACGAAAAUCUUCCAGGAUGAAGCUUCCAAAGUGCUGAAGUCACUGUCGCUGUCCAGUGGGAGAAUGAAGUCGCUGUCAUCAGUGGGCUCACUGAGGCUGCGUAUGAGGAUAUAUAACCUGCUCAGGUCAUUUCCAACCCUAAACGAGCACUUUAGGCUGCUAGAGCCAUCUGUAAUUACAGAGGAAUUUACACUCUCUGAAAGCGAGGAAGCAAACCCAAGUAUCUAGACCAUAAAACUAUUACUUUUUGUAA